UGGCGCGAUUCGUUCCGGUUCCCCACUCCCAAAACUCUGGGGCAAAAUGUUCUUUUGAGUCCACUCUCUCUCGCUCUGUCUCUCUCUCUGUGCGUAAAAAGAGCUUUUCGUUUUUUCUCUCUCUAAGUGGCAUAUGAGAACCCUAGCAUGAGACAGCCGCCUUCGCUAUUUCAAGUAUGUCCGCCAUAAAAAACAAUCAAUGUAAGUCUCUCGAGUUGUUAGCUGUUCGUGAAGUUUUAUGAUAAUUUCGUCUCAUUAAGGUCAGCCUUUUAUCGCCAAUCGCUGUGUUGUAAAUAAUAUAGGUAGAAGAAUUGGUGAUAAAGAGCGGGAAGUUGGAUUUCUUCUGUAUUUUGCUAGUGCUUUUCCUGAAUUUGGAGGAUUGAGGAAGCCUAGUUUAUGAAAUCGUGUCCAGCUUAAUCGAGUGGUGUCAUGCUUUUUUAUUUGUGUAUAUAGAAGCUAAGUUUUACUGUUUCUACGUUCUUUUCUAUGAUUUGCGGCAGCAGAAAGGACGUCGCGUGGAUUUGUUUUGCACCUUAGUUGGAAAUGCGAAAUUUCUUGAACUUUCUGGGCGAGGAGUGGGGUAGAUUAUUAACGUGUUGAGAUAUUGGAGGAGCAUAUUUGACGUUGGACUUUUGGUUGUUGAAUAACUCUUGGAAGUGGUUGUGUAUAUCCCUGAAAUUGUUUGUCUUUUUCUUUUUGGCCGAUGGCAGAAGAUGGCCUUCGGAUUGGUGGGCUUUCUUCUGGUUUGGCUGUGAUAUUGAACGGUGAGGAUGGAAAGGAGAAUUUGCCGAAAAACCGUCUUGUUUCCUUAUGUGAUGAGUUUGGGCACCGUUCUGUUGAGCGGACUGUUGAAUACAUAUUUGGUCUUCACGAUAAAUCCAUUGGUCCUUUGGCUUGUCCUAUUGACAUCAAUUUAAUCCAAUCCAUUAUAAAGAACCAGUUCUCUGAUCUUUAUUCAAAAGCAGAUGCAUUAUUUACUAGCAGAGAUGGAAUCUCCAUCAUGGAUAAUGGCUGUGGACGCCAUGUUGUUGGCCUUGAAGAAGAUAGCAUAUGUGGUGAUAUUAGAAUGACUAAGAUCCCCCUACUUGUAGAAAGUUCAGCUCUGUUCAGCAGUGCUAGGGCUAAUGCUUGUAUCUGGAAGGGAAAAUGGAUGUAUGAAGUUUCUUUGGAAACUUCAGGCAUACAACAGCUUGGAUGGGCAACUCUAACUUGCCCUUUCACUGACCACAAGGGAGUAGGAGAUGCUGACGAUUCAUAUGCAUUUGAUGGAAGAAGGGUUAGCAAAUGGAAUAAGGAAUCUGAGCCAUAUGGUCAGUCCUGGGUAGUUGGUGAUGUUAUUGGAUGUUGCAUAGAUUUGGACUCUGAUGAAAUUUCAUUCUACAGGAAUGGGGUCUCACUUGGAGUUGCAUUUUCAGGCAUUCGGAAAAUGGGACCUGGAUUUGGAUAUUAUCCUGCUAUUUCUCUUUCCCAAGGUGAGCGCUGUAUAUUGAAUUUUGGUUGUCGGCCUUUCAAAUACCAGGUAGAAGGCUACCUUCCUCUUCAAGCGCCUCCAUCUAUAAACAGUUAUGCUGCAAAACUGCUGCAGUGCUUUUCAAGGUUGCUUGAUAUGCACUCUGUAGAACGGGCUGAGCGAUCUUUGGUCGACAAAUUCAGGAGAUUAAAGAGAUUUGGGUCAUUUGAAGAACUCUUUCACCCAGUUUCUCGUGCAAUAUGCAAGGAAUUUUUCUCUUUACUUGAAGGAGAUCCUGCUAGCAUAGUGUAUAUAGGAUGGGGUGCACUUCUAGAAUUCAUGAUGGGGGUCUUUGGGAUGCAUGCACCGCAUGAUUGUUCCAGUUUGGAUAAAGUUCUUGAUAUCUUCCAGGAAUUUCAGGGUUCAUACCUUAUACUUGAGCAUGUUAUAAAUGCUCUUUCAUGUUGUUGCAAAACAGCCUCGUUUGUUCUAACUGAAUGCCCAUAUUCUGGAUCGUAUCCGUAUCUUGCAUUGGCAUGUCAUAUAUUAAGACGUGAGGAAGUGAUGGCGCAGUGGUGGAGAUCUUCCAAUUUUGAAAUUUUGUUUGAAGGUUUUCUAUCACGUAAGAGUCCAAAUGGGCAGGAUCUUCAGUGCUUGAUGCCUGCUGUUUGGUGGCCUGGAUCCUGUGAGGACAUGUCCUCUGAAAGUAGCAUGAUGUUGGCAACAUUGGCUUUAUCUGAAGCUAUAAACAAGAUUGAGGAAAAGCAGAGGGACCUGUGUCUCUUAGUCAUACAGUUCAUUCCACCUAUAUCACCUCCUCAGCCUCCUGGAUCAGUGUUUAGGACAUUUGUAAAGAAUCUUUUAUUGAAGAACAGGGGAGCAGAUCGAAAUGUGCCACCUCCUGGAGUUUCAAGUAAUUCUGUUCUUGUUUCACUUUUUACAGUCAUACUCCAUUUUUUAUCUGAAGGGUUUGCCAUGGGGGAUAUAUGCGGCUGGUUGAAAAAUUGUACCAGUCAUCAUGAUGUUGGAUUUCUUCAUAGAGGCGGUCAACAGCAAUUCUCUGUAGGUUUGUUCCUUAGAAGUGAAUCUUAUCCUGAAGAUAUCAGCAGGCUUGGGGGAUCAUUUAGUCAUUUGUCCAAAUCUCAUCCAGUAGAUGAUCAGGAAGCAGAAGUGAUCCGGUGGGAGGAAGGUUGUAUGGAUGAUAAAGAAAAUAGAGUAACUCAUUCAACUAACCAGAAACCGUGUUGUUGUUCAGUUUAUGAUGUUGACUUUGGAAGAACCUUAAAGGAUCCAGGUAAAAAUGUAUCAAAAGUUUCUCGUGGCCAUUGCAGCUCUAUUCCUGAGAGGUCUGCUCAUGUUGCUGCAGAAUGCAGCACCGGAAGUUUGAAUGAAGAGAUAGCUGAUAAACCUAGCUCCAGUGAUCAAUCUGAAUCUGAGUUUGGCUACUGUCCAGUUUGGAAUACAAGGACUGAACCACGUGAGUGUAAUUUUACUUCUGCUACUUUGAGUGAAGACGAACUUCUAGAUGGGCUGCUGCUGUUGUACCACAUAGGUCUUGCACCAAACUUUAAGCAGGCAUCAUAUUAUAUGUCUCAUCAGUUGCAGUCAAUCUCUCUCUUGGAAGAAACUGAUAAACAAAUAAGAGACCAAAUUUGCAGCGAGCAAUUAAAACAAUUGAAGGAAGCUCGUAGUAAUUAUCGCGAUGAAGUAAUGGAUUAUGUCAGACAUUCUGCAUGGUAUCGCAUCUCGCUAUCUUCAAGAUGGAAACAAAGAGGAAUGUAUGCAAUGUGCAUGUGGACUGUCCAGUUGCUUCUUGUCCUCAGCAAAGUAGAUUCGGUGUUCAUCUAUAUUCCUGAAUUCUACCUCGAAGCUCUGGUUGACUGCUUUCAUGUUCUGCGUAAAAGUGAUCCGCCAUUUGUCCCCUCUGCAAUAUUUGUCAAGCAAGGGCUUUCUUCAUUUGUCACUUUUGUGGUUAUCCAUUUCAAUGAUCCAAGGAUAGCAAGUGCUGACCUGAGGGAUCUUCUUCUUCAAUCUAUAUCAGUCUUGGUACAGUACAAGGACUAUUUGGCAGCUUUUGAGGGUAAUGAGGCAGCCACCCAACAAAUGCCCAGAGCAUUGUUAUCUACAUUUGACAAUCGAUCUUGGAUCCCGGUUACAAACAUACUUUUGCGAUUGUGCAAAGGUUCAGGCUUUGGUUCUUUAAAGCAUGGAGAAUCUUCAUCGUCUUCAUCAGUUAUUUUCCAGACGUUGCUAAAAGAGGCGUGUGUUAAUGAUGAAAAGUUGUUCUCAAAUUUUUUAAAUCGCUUAUUUAACACACUUAGCUGGACGAUGACUGAAUUGUCUGUUUCAAUUCGAGAAAUGCAGGAAAAGUACCAGGUAUUAGAAUUUCAGCAAAGGAAAUGUUGUGUCAUAUUUGAUCUCUCGUGCAAUCUUGCAAGGGUUUUGGAGUUCUGCACUCGUGAAAUUCCUAAGGCGUUUCUUUGUGGAACUGAUACAAACCUGCGAAGGCUUACUGAACUGAUUAUAUUUAUUCUGAACCAUUUAACCUCCUCAUCAGAUGUUCAGUUUUUUUAUUUAUCUCUUAGAAGGCAUGGACAAUCAAUAGAGAAAAUGAAUCGAGGCAUGAUAUUGGCCCCUCUUGUAGGAAUUAUCUUGAAUUUGCUAGAUGCUAGUGCAGAGUUGGAAUACAGGGACCAGAAUGACGUUGUGGAUGUCUUUGCAAGCAUGGACUGCCCUGAUACUGUUCAUUGUGGAUUCCACUACCUGUUGGAGUACAAUUGGGCCGCCUCAUUCAGAGGGGAUGCUUGUUUUGCAAAACUCGGGCAGCUAGAGAACUUCUUAAGCAGCCUCAUCAGCAGGACAGAGUCCAAGGGAAGGAUACAAUAUGGGAAAGAAACAGAUGGUGAUGAGAGCACAUGCUGUAUCUGUUAUACUUGUGAAGCAGAUGUACAGUUUGUACCCUGUGCACAUAGAUCUUGCUAUGGCUGCAUAACCAGGCAUCUUCUGAAUUGCCAGCGAUGUUUCUUCUGCAAUGCAACAGUCUUAGAAGUCAUAAGAAAUGAUGACGACUGAUUGAGCUUAUUUUGCAUCUUUUGGUACCUUGCUUUGCCCUGGUAAGUAGCUGUAGCUUGGCCUUGAGGCCCUUUACAAGUGAAGAUCGUGAAAAGAGAUGACUCCAAAAGGAAAGAGAUAGAAUUACAAAGUAUAACGGGAAAAGGAAAGAAAAAAAAAAAGAGAGAGAGAGAGAGAAAAAAAAAAUAAUUUAAUUUUAUAUUGCAAGAUAAAGUUAGGUUCAUAUUUUUUUCUCCUGUGUAUAUGGGUUCUUAAAGUUUGUAGAUUGCUUGGGUAGUAGGGAAGGGAAAAAUGGUGGGAGUAGGUUAGCAAGAAUUUUGAGCGCAUUAUUCUGUAAAUAUGAGAUGUAAAUUGCAAGGAAGAUCUCUCUUUCUCUCUCUCUCUCUCUCAAAGGGUUUUUAAGAUGAUAUCUUAGGAGGUGUUAUAAUUUAAGUUCAAGUUGACAGUAAUUUUAGGAACUAUCAUUUAGAUGUCAACAUUUAGAGAAGAAUAAAAGUGCUAGUGUUUACUA